AUGGUAGACGGAGCUGUAGGAGAAGAUUCAACAUGUAGCAAUCUGCGAACAUUCCUCACUAAGUUGGAGGAAAUGAGAAAGUCGGAUGAUAUGGUCAUAAUUGCUCUGAAUAAUGAAUUACCUACAAAAUCGUUCCCAGGUUGUGAAAAAAGUAAAGCUGUAUGUGAAGAUUUUCUGAAUAGGGCGAAGAUAUUGAAAGAUUCUAGACAGAAUCUUUUGGAUAAAUGUCGUUUGUUAAACGAAAAACUAGUAGAGGUGUCCACAGAUAUGGAGAAGAAAUCAGCAACAGUGCUGAUUCGACAAAUAAAAAGCCAACAAGAGAUUGAGGAGGUGGUAUGGAUGAGAACCAGGAAGGCUAUCACAGAGAGAUGCAGCCACUUCAUAUAA